CCUGGCGAUCGUACGGGGAGUCCGUCUUACUAGGAAUCCAGCCACUGAUAAACAAAUAAAAUUCGAAGGGAUCAAUCAUGGCGCAGUGGGUGGAAUUUAUGGACCCUGAUGGUCAAAAGAUGAGGCUUUUAACUGUUGAUGAUGUUAUGCUACCUCCCAUGCCUGGCUUGGACAAGGACUUGUCAAAGCUCCGAGAAUUCAAGUUUCGUGACGAUGACAUUAUUCUGACUACGUAUCCGCGAUCAGGAACUCAUUUCAUGUGGGAAAUCAUACGUAUGCUUAAGAAAGGAUCAUCUGAAUACUACAAAGGGGAAAAAACAGAAUUUCUGGAAUUAGUGAAUAUUAACGCUAUGGAAAAGCUGGAAGACAGGGUGGUCAACACCCAUCUCCCUCCAGAGCUACUUCCGGUAGACUACAAGAAUCAAAAGUGCAAGUUCGUGCAUGUUUUCCGUAAUCCGAAGGACGUUCUGGUGUCGUUGUACAACCAUUGGGUCAUGGGCAAAGACUUCUUUGGAUAUGAUGGAAAGUUUUCAGGGUUUUUUGAAUUGGCAAUGCAAGGACAAGUUGAAUCCGGCAAGUGGUUUGACUAUGAGCUGAAGUACGAAAAAUUUUUCAAAUCAAACCCUGACAUCCCGUCCUUGGUCUUAAGCUUUGAAGAACUGAAAAAGGAUCCAGUUCCAAAUAUCAAGAAAGUGUCAGAAUUCCUGGGGCUUGACCGAGAUGACGACUUGAUCGCUGCCAUCGCCGACGCCGUGUCCUUCAAUAAGAUGAAAGCCGGAAAGUUUGAAAUCUCUUCAGAUAUUUUGAAACAGUUUAUGACAGACGAAGCAUACAACAAGAUGUACAGAAAAGGCGUAGCCGGUGACUGGAAAAACUGGUUUACGGUAGCCCAAAAUGAGCGUUUCGAUGCCGAGUUUGAAAAAUAUAUGAAGAAUUCCUCACUCAAACCCAGGAUCCAGUGGGAAUAAAAGUUGUUCAAACUUUGCAGAGUACAAGAGAAAGUGAUUUAAAUGAAGAAAUAUGUAAUGAUGAGUGAAGGAUUCACUGGUGUACCCAAACCCCAGCGAUGAGAAACUCUAAUAUUCCAACCUUACACAGGGUGUCAGAGCUAUGGGCUAUGUUUAUUAGGCGUCAUUCAUGGCCAUCGCCAUAUCUUCCAUGACAACUAACACCCAUGUGAUCAAACAUAAUUUGAAACUUCCGCAUGCGCUGUUACGACCUACAAGGUACUCUUUAGUGGGGCACUGGGGCGAGGUACGGUCUCAGUUCAAAGCUGCUCUUCUAAAACUGCCUAAUCGAAGAGAGUGACGAUUUAUGGGAAUAUAACCAUGGACUUUGAAAAAUGUCUACCGGUACAAGUUAUGAAUGAAUUUUCCUCAGAAAAGCGAACAAAGACGAGUGCCGGAAAGCCUCGUAAAGCGCUUUGCAGAAGCUGCUUUGACGAUGUUUCUGUUUGUAAUUUCCUAUUUGCAUACUCCUAGUAGCGUGGAUUUUCAGAAAUUAGAUUCUUGGAUCCCGUGACAACAGUUGUCAGUAAAUUGACCAAUCAAGUUAGACUUUACUGCUGAACCUAUCGCGUCCCAUAUCACAGUGAUGAGUGUAGGGGGAUAGUAUACUGGUGAAAGAGAGCUACUAAUAUAUACUAUCACCAGGAAGGCCCUUCUUCGAGAAAAGCACCUCAGGUAUAUUCCCAUCUCAACGAGCUCAUACACAAUUACCUCCCUUGCUUGCCAUGAACCCAACAUAUUUGCAUUUUGAUGUUAGUAAAUAUUCAUUGAUUUAACGGUAUGAGGAGUUUGCGUGUUGUCCUCUUUAUGUCCACCCUCAUAUAGAAAGGUCAUGUAGGGUUCACCCGUUAGUUUGUGCAGUGAUGUGGAGUAAAGGUCUUCCUGACCAUAUAUAGCCCGGAAUGACCCAAUAACAUAAAGGUCAGAAGUUGAAUGUAUCUAAACGGCUGUGGUGAUUGAACCACAACUGGUGGACCAUGGAAAGGCGUAGCGCGCUUGGGUCAUCCAACUACACCCUAUUUUCCACGGGUAAAGAUGGCGUCUCCACGUUCUGUAUGACCCUUAAACUAUGGCCUUCUCCCUAAAUCGUCUGAUCCCUAUCGGAAAUGAAUUGACUGAUGGACAGAUAGAUUCUUGUUAAACACGUUGAUCAAAAAUCGUUCACCAAUAUGCCCAGCGUGGGGUUUAUCUGUGGAGCAAACUGGAGUGACCGUUAUAUAACCAUACCCGGGUAAAUAUGACGUUAGGAUCACAUCAGCUACAUUUGUGCAGGUUUUAAAUGCCUUCAAAUGUCUUUUGUUUUGUAAAACUUUCUAAUUUGAGGAGGAAAUAAAAUUUGUCUCCCUGUAGAACCCAAAAUGUCAGGCAUAUAUGAUUGUUUAAAGUGUAAUACCCGCAAUAUAAAUAGGUCUGUUGACAAACGCUAAUUGUGCAGCCCUAGAAAGGCUUUGAGCCCUUGGACUAUUCACUAUGUCAAAGUUACAUCUUAUUUUUCUUUGAUGAAUAUGGAGUCUUAUGUUAAAUAGAGUACCAGAAUUAAAAAUCUUCUGUUGUGUAUAUUAGCCUAUGAUAGAACUUUGAAAAUGCGUUCUUACUGCCCAAAGGUAUAUACAUGUAGGCACAAUAAAUACAAUAUAUUUGUUUAUUGAUAUAUUUAUUUAAUUGUUGCUUAACGACAUACUUUAAAAUUUUUUAUUUACAAGAUGGCAAUCAGAUUUUAAGGGGAGAGGAAACCGGUGUGUCGGGGAUAAACCACCAACUUUUGGUAAAUUACUGACAUGUUUCCAACAUUUGAUGUACAGAUUUUCACAUGUAUCACUGGCGCCCCAUGUUUUAUGUGCCCAUAAAGUAUUCCAUCCACAGUUUUAAAAACGUACCUAUUUCUUCAACCCAAGACACCGCCGUCCAAGGAAGGCGAAAAUAUGCACUCUGAUAUAAAAUUAAACCAUCAGUCGCAAGUUAUUUCUAUAACCCGAGAAUUCACUUGUUUCCACUGUGACGCCACCCAUUGUCCGAAAUAAAUAAGCUUAGCUAAGCGUAUAUGUAUAGAUGAGAUCAUAUCUCCGUUGCUGUGUGAUUUUGUCGAUUUCACAUGCAAGUCGGUUGGCCUCGGUGACAGGAGGACUGGACUCGUUUGAAUUACCCAUGGCACUAACAUAACUUAAUAUUGUUUUUAUUCCAUAGCUAAGGAACGGUCACUUUGUCUUUCCGUAGAUGUGAGGAAACCAACAUGUAUUUGUGACGUCAGCAGUGAAGGAUUUGCUCACGCAAUUUCUCAAAUUUUGACACAGCCCUUUCUAGCGUCCGCUUCAGGUCGUCGGCAACACAUCUGGCAAGUAUGAAGUGGCUAGGACGAACGGUUGUGCAGAAACUCAAAUGCACACAUACAUACACACAUAUACCCACGCGCGCUUGUAUACGGGAAUAUAUACGCCUAUAAGGAUGAUCCGUCUGUCAGAUACAUAUACAAUACUUCGAGUCUAAAGUCGUUACUUCAUAAAUGAUCGUGAAAUAUAAGUGUUAUAUUUGGAAAUGGCCUUGCGGUUAUUUGCCCGGAACGUCCAUAUUGUUUGACGGGUGGUGUACGAAUGUCUGU